AUGCCAUCUGUAACAAAAAGAAUAGCAAAGUCCACGCGGGCUGGAUUAACAUUUCCGGUUAGUCGAGUUACGUCGUCCCUUAGAAAGGGUAACUACGCAAACGCGAUUCGUGUAGGGGCCGGUAUCUAUUUGACCGCUGUGCUGGAAUAUUUGGUAGCGGAGAUUUUAGAGCUCUCUGGAAAUGCUGCCAAGGAUAACAAGAAAAUGCGUGUUAUUCCUAGACAUAUUCAACUGGCUGUGCGCAACGACGAUGAAUUGAACAAGUUGCUCAGAGAUGUAUCCAUUUCUGAAGGUGGAGUCCUUCCUAACAUUCAAGGUCCUCUCCUACCCAAAGGCACCAAGAGAUCUCAGCAGAUUACGCAGAAUGCCCAAAGCCAGGAGUAUUAAUGGGCGUUCUUUUCAACUAUCACUUGCUUUGUUACAGAAUGUUUUGUUUUAUA